UAAACUUUUGCGAUAGAUUUCCCACUCAGCGAGUCCUGCUCACCAGGUCCCGCGCUCCUCGCCGAAUUCUGCGCGAUCCCGCCGACGGCAGAAGCUUUCGCCUCGCCUCAUGUCACCACGACGCCAAACUGAAACGUUUUCUGCGCCAUGCCUCCUAGUUUUCUGAGACGUCUUUAGAAUCCUAGCUUCUUCCGCGGUCAUCCCGCUGACGGGAGAUCUCACCUCGCCUCCCGCCUUUCUUCCUGCGCUAUCCACAAGGAGCGGGUCUCGCGUCGCCUCAUGCCGCCAUGGCGGCCGUCCUUUGCGGCGCUCGUGCGGCCCUCUGUUCACCUGCUGCUGCUGCUCGUCUGCCUCUCGCAGGCGUACUUCCUCUGGUCGGGGAUCAGCUUCGGCUCCUACACAAGUGCCGCCCAUCCUCGUGCAGGCGACUGCGACAUGCAAUGGCAAGGGCUGUCAUCGCAACAGGUGUCGCUGCGUGAUUCGCCGGGGAGAGCAUUAGGCGUGGACGAAUCAGUGAUGCCGGCAGCAGGUGAAGCGGGCAGCACAGGGGUUCGCACAGAAUCUCUCUCAGCGAAUGGUGCAGCCGGGCUGAUUCGUUUGGAGCGUGUCCUUAAAACGAGGAUAGCUACAGUGGAUGCCAUGCUGAAGAGCUUACAGCAAGAGAAGGCUGAAAUGCGACAGGGGAGGGAAGCAGUGGAGGAAAGGGGGAAGGAAGACAGGGCGCAGGGGAAAGGCGAGCGGGGCGGAGAGGAGGAAGAGGAUGAUGAUUUGCUGUCGUGGGUUGAUGCUGCUGCUGGUGGCGGCAGUGGCAGUGGAGGAGGGGAUGGGAAGGAAUUGGUGGUGGAGGGAGAUGAGGCGAAACUUGAUGAUGAGGAGAAGGCGAAUGAGAGGGAAAAGGUAGCCAACUCCACUCUUCUCUCUUCCCCGCCCACCUCCCUCCCUCCCCACCUCUCCCUCCUCCUCUCCCACCUCACUCCCUCCCACCUGCCCCCAGUCUGCCGCACCAACCCCAUAACCCACUCCCUCUCCCCCAUCACCUCCUCUCUCUUCCCCCCUCCCCCUCGCCUUAUCCCCUGGACCCCGCACCCCCACCGCUACCUUCUUGCAACCUGCUCCUAUGGCCGCACGUCCAACCACCUGCUGUGCAUAAGAAGGUACCUUGCCUUCGCUGCCCUGCUCAACCGCUCCCUGCUGCUGCCAGUAGUGCCGCGUGCUGCUGCUGCCUCUGGUGCUGCUUGGCACAAGGGGUCCUCCUGGUUCAAAGGUGAUCCGAGGCAGGGGAGCAGGGUGGCCUUAGGCUCUGCCGCUGCUGGCUCCUCCUCCUCCGUCUCCUCUUCCUCCUCCUCGCGCAAUUCUUUUCUCUUCAGCACCACUCCCCACACCACUCCCCACACCCUCCCCACACCUCUGUGAGCGGCCUCCCUCGUUCCCCUUCCAGCGCCACUCGCAGGCGGCUCAUGGCCAGAUCUCUCAGGCGCCACAAAAGUACCAUCUCCAAUUCCUCUGUG